GGGGCCUGGGAGCGCGCUGACCCGGAGGUAGAGCUCGUGCCGCCGCGUCGUCCCGGCCUGGUUCCCGGCUGCUCAGGAUUCUCCAUAGGUUCACAUUAGGAGAAGGCCAUGGAGCUGUAUGAGUCAACGUACUUCGUUGUCCUUAUCCCUUCAGUAGUUAUUACCGUCAUUUUCCUCUUCUUCUGGCUUUUCAUGAAAGAAACAUUAUAUGAUGAAGUUCUUGCAAAACAAAAAAGAGAACAAAAGUUGAUUUCUACAAAAACAGAUAAAAAGAAGGCAGAAAAGAAGAAGAAUAAAAAGAAAGAAAUCCAGAAUGGGACUCUUCAUGAAUCUGAUUCUGAGCAUGUACCUCGAGACUUUAAAUUAUCCGAUGCUUCACCUGUGGAGGGUGAACAGUUUGUACCUGCUCCGUUGAAUGUGGCAGAAACUUCCAGUAGUGUUAGGGAAAGAAAGAAGAAGGAAAAGAAACAAAAACCUUCACUUGAAGAGCAGAUCAUCAAAGAAGGUGAUGCAUCAAAGAUUCCAGGCAAAAAAGUAGAACCUGCCCUAGUUACAAAACAGCCGGCCCCACCCCCUGAAGCAGCUGCCUUGAAGAAGAAAGCAGGGCAGAAGAAGUCUAAAAAUGGAAUCGAUGAACAAGAUAAAAAGGUGGAAAUGCUGAUGGCACCUUCAAAAAAGCAAGAAGUAUCACUUUUUCAUCAAGACACUAAGCAAGACGGUGGACCAGGGAAGAAGAAAGGCUUGUCAAAGAAGCAGAAGACAGAAAACGUUGCAGUCUUGGUGGACGAACCCCUUAUUCAUGCAACUACUUACAUUCCUUUGAUGGAUAAUGCUAACUCAAAUCUUGUGAUGGAAAAGAGAGAAAUUAUUGAUAUGAUUAAACCUGAUCAUGUAGAAGGAAUCCAGAAAUCUGGAACAAAAAAGCUGAAGAUUGAAACUGACAAAGAAAAUGCUGAAGUGAAAUUUAAAGAUUUCCUUCUGUCCUUGAAGACUAUGAUGUUUUCUGAAGAUGAGGCUCUUUGUGUUGUAGACCUGCUGAAGGAAAAGUCUGGUGUGAUAAAAGAUGCUUUAAAGAAGUCCAAUAAAGGAGAACUGAGUGGUCUUCUGCAUCAGCUUCAGGAGAAGGAGAGGCUGCUCUCUGCCGUGAAGGAAGAUGCUGCUGCCACAAAGGAGCGCUGUAAGCAGUUGACUCAGGAAAUGAUGACAGAGAAAGAAAGAAGCAGUGUAGUUAUAGCAAGGAUGAAAGAUCGCAUUGGAGCACUAGAAAAGGAACAUAAUAUAUUUCAAAACAAAAUGCACGUCAGUUACCAAGAGACUCAACAGAUGCAGAUGAAGUUUCAGCAAGUUCGGGAACAAAUGGAAGCAGAGAUAGCUCAUUUGAAGCAGGAAAAUGGUAUCCUGAGAGAUGCUGUCAGCAACACUACAAACCAGUUGGAAAGCAAGCAGUCGGCAGAGCUAAAUAAACUGCGCCAAGAUUGUGGGAGGCUUGUGAGUGAGCUGAACGAGAAGACAGGAAAGCUGCAGCAAGAGGGAGUGCAGAAGAAGAAUGCGGAGCAAGCUGCUACCCAGUUGAAGGUUCAACUACAAGAAGCUGAGAGGCGGUGGGAAGAAGUUCAAAGCUAUAUCAGGAAGAGGACAGCAGAGCAUGAGGCUGCACAGCAAGACUUACAAAGUAAAUUUGUGGCUAAAGAAAACGAAGUCCAGAGUCUACAUAGUAAGCUCACAGACACCUUGGUGUCAAAACAGCAGUUGGAGCAGAGACUAAUGCAGUUAAUGGAAUCAGAGCAAAAGAGAGUAAGCAAAGAAGAAUCUCUGCAAAUCCAAGUGCAGGAUAUUUUGGAACAAAAUGAGGCUUUGAAAGCUCAGAUUCAACAAUUCCAUUCCCAGAUAGCAGCUCAGACCUCCGCUUCAGUUCUAGCAGAAGAAUUACAUAAAGUGAUUGCAGAAAAGGACAAACAGCUAAAGCAGACUGAAGAUUCAUUAGCAAGUGAACAGGAUCACUUAGCAAGCAAGGAGGAGGAGCUUAAGGAUGUACAGAAUAUGAAUUUCUUAUUAAAAGCUGAAGUGCAGAAAUUACAGGCCCUGGCUAAUGAGCAGGCUGCUACAGCACACGAGGUGGAGAAGAUGCAGAAGAGUAUUCAAGUAAAGGAUGAUAAAAUAAGACUGCUUGAAGAGCAGCUGCAGUGCGAGGUCGCCAGCAAAAUGGAAGAAUUUAAGAUUCUGAAUGACCAGAAUAAAGCAUUACAACUGGAAGUUCAGAAGCUGCAGACCGUUGUUUCUCAGCAGCCUAAUAAAGAUGUUGUGGAACAAAUGGAAAAAUGCAUUCAAGAAAAAGAUGAGAAGUUAAGGACUGUCGAAGAAUUACUGGAAACUGGACUCAUUCAGGUGGCCACCAGAGAGGAGGAGCUGAAUGCCAUAAGAACAGAAAACUCCACCCUGACGAAAGAAGUUCAAGAGUUAAAGGCUAAGCAGAGCGAUCAGGUUUCUUUUGUAUCUCUAAUUGAAGAUCUUAAGAGAGUGAUCCAUGAGAAAGAUGGACAGAUCAAGUCUGUGGAAGAGCUUCUAGAAGUUGAACUUCUCAAAGUUGCUAAUAAGGAGAAAACUGUUCAGGCUUUGAAACAGGAAAUAGAGGUUCUAAAAGAAGAAAUAGGAAAUGCCCAGCUUGAAAAGGCUCACCAGCUAUCUGUCACUUCUCAAGUCCAGGAGCUGCAGAACUUAUUAAGAGGCAAGGAAGAGCAGGUGAACAGCAUGAAGGCUGCUUUAGAAGACAGGGACAGAGACCUGACAGAGAGAGGGAGGUGCACACAGGUGUGUUCGACACCACGAUUUGAAGAACUUGAAAAUGUGUUGAAAGAAAAGGACAAUGAAAUUAAGAGACUAGACGCUAAAUUAAAGGACACGGAGAGUGAUCUUUGUAAGCAGUCAGAGCUGUUAAAGGAAGUACAAAAUGAAAAUAAAUUAUUUAAGUCCCAAGUGGAACAACUCAAUCAUCAGAACCACCAACAGGCAUCUUUUCCCUCUCAGGAAGAAUUACAGACAGUAAUUUCAGAGAAAGAGAAAGAAAUAACUGAUCUCUGCAAUGAAUUAACGUCUUUGAAGAAUGCUGUUGAACAUCAGAGGAAGAAAAACAAUGACCUUCGGGAGAAAAACUGGGAAGCAAUGGAAGCAUUGGCAUCAACUGAAAAAAUGCUGCAGGAGAGAGUGAGCAAGACUUCCAAGGAAAGACGGCAACAAGUGGAAGCUACUGAGUUAGAGUCCAAAGACCUUCUCAGGAGGUUAUUUCCAACGGUGUCUGUCCCUUCUAAUUUGAAUUUCAAUGAAUGGUUAUGUUGCUUUGAAAAGAAGGCAAAAGCAUGCAUGGCUGGAACGUCGGAUGCAGAGGCAGUCAAGGUUUUGGAGCACAGAUUGAAAGAAGCUAAUGAAAUGCACACACUGCUACAGCUGGAAUGUGAAAAAUACAAAUCGGUCCUUGCAGAAACAGAAGGAAUUUUGCAAAAGCUUCAGCGAAGUGUGGAGCAAGAAGAAAGUAAAUGGAAAGUUAAGGCUGAAGAAUCUCGAAGGACUAUUAAGCAGAUGCAGUCCUCCUUCACAGCCUCAGAGCAAGAGCUAGAGCAACUAAGACAAGAAAACAAAGAUAUGGAGAAUCUGAGAAGAGAACGAGAACAUUUGGAAAUGGAGCUAGAGAAGGCUGAGGUGGAGCGAUCGUCGUACGUGAUGGAAGUCAGAGAGCUGAAAGAUCUGUUGACUGAGUUGCAGAAAAAACUUGAUGAUUCAUAUUCUGAAGCAGUAAGACAGAAUGAAGAGCUUAACUUGCUCAAGACACAAUUAAAUGAAACACGCUCCAAACUUCAAAAUGAACAAACAGAGAGAAAGAAGGUAGCUGAUGAUUUGCAUAAGGCUCAACAGUCACUGAACUUUAUCCACUCAAAAAUUUCACUAAAACCUGCUGGAGACACUGUUGUUAUUGAGAAUAGUGAUAUUUCCCCAGAAAUGGAGUCUCCUGAGAAAGAGACGAUGUCUGUAAGUCUCAAUCAGACUGUGACACAGUUACAGCAAUUGCUUCAGGAAGUAAAUCAACAACUCACAAAGGAGAAGUAAUCCAGGUGUGGGAGUGAAGUAAUUGGGAAAUUACUCGUUAGAAGUUAACAGAAGGCGUUGUAUUAUAUUUUGCCAAAUUAAAGCCUUAUUUAUGUUUUACCCUUUCUACUUUGUCAGACACUGAACAGUUUUGUCUUUUCUAAUCCUUGUUAGACUACUGACUUAAAGAGAAAACACUUUAAAAAGCCAACUCUGUAGACACCUUCAGAGUUUAGUUUUAUAAUAAAACUGUUUGAAUAAUUAGACCUUUACAUUCCUAAAGAUAAAAUAAAUGUAAUCUUUUACCUUAUUUUGCUCAAAUUGUUCAGAAGAUCAAAGUGGUAUAGACAAUGUGAAAUUUAACAUUUUAAUACUGAUGUUGUACACUGCUUAACAUUUGGGAAGAAGUCGCCUCUGACAUCAACUCAAGGAAACACUUUUUUGUUGCUAUUAUAAUCAGCAAAUAAAGGGACACUUAUUAUUCAACACGA